GCUCUGGUUCUGCAGCGUCGCGCCCUUCUCGGAGGGACCACCGGAAGCGGGGAGUUCGCACGGGGGCAGCCUCCACGUUGCCGACCGCGCUCCCGCGUGACUCCGGUGCCCCCGCGGUGGGUUCGGGCCCCGCGGUCUCGGUUCGGACGGGCGCGGGGAUCGUAGGAGCCGUGGGCUGAGGGGCAGGGGCUGCUCAGCCUGGGCGGGUCCGGAGCCUCGGCGGAUGGACGGUGGUGGCCGAGCCUGGCUGCGGGACUGCGUGGCGAGGCUGCUGCAGAGCGACGGGGCGGGCGUACGGUGCAAAAGUGAACCCCGGGGCACCAACGUGAAGAGGGAGAUGAGGAGGAGCCUGGGAGGGAGCUGCUAGUGCCGUGGGAGGAAAGCCCAAGAGAAUGGAGAUGGGGAUACCCGCUGUGGAUGCUGCCAGGAGGACACAGCUCAGACAGACCUGACUACUGGGAUGACCAAGCGCACACCUGCUGCACAGGCUGCCCAGCCUCUGGAACUGCUGCCCCCCGUCCCAGCCAUGCCCAGCCUCAGAGCUCGCCCUGAAGAGGCAGAAAUGGAGCCCUCAGUUCCUGGACCAUCCCCUUGGACCCCUACAGCCCAGGCCUGUGUGAAUGAUGCUCCCACCGUGACCCACCCUGGAUCUGCCCUCCGUGGUUCCCUCUGCUGUGGCAACACUGAGCUGAGAACCACCCCCCUUCACCAUCAGCAGCCAGAUUGGGACACCAGGACUGAGGGCAAGGAAUUUCUUCAGACGGAAGAAGUUUCUGAGCAUUUGGAAUCACAGGCAGAAAUGUCAGAAAACUAUACCAGUGAUGUUUCCCAAGCAGCUGAGCUUGGAGAACUCUGUGAUGACGUGUUAGAGAGAGACUGGGGAGUCCCUGAUGAGGAGAGAUGGGUGCAGCCCCUCUACCAGGAGGGGGACUUCACACCAGUGGCAGUGCUUCUUAAGAGCCCCUUAGGGGAGAGAGAGCUGGACUGUGACAAUUUUGAGAGAAGCUUCAGCCUGAGCCCAAACCCCAGGGCAUAUCAGGGAAUCCCUGCAGAAGAAAGGCUGCAUCCGUACGACAUGUGUGGCCAGAGCUUCCGGGACAGCAUGGACCCGACUAGCCACGAGGGGCUUCACACAGCUGAAGGCCCAUUCAUAUGUAACGAGUGUGGGGAGACCUUCAGAGGAAAUGCUGAUCUUGUUCAGCAUCAGAUAAUCCACACCGGACAGAAGUCCUUCCUCUGCACUGAGUGUGGAAAAUCCUUCAGCCAGAACUCGGUUCUUAAAAGUCAUCAGAGGUCACACAUGAAUGAGAAACCCCACCAGUGCAGUGAAUGCGGGAAAGCCUUCCGUGUGCACGCAAACCUCAUCAGGCAUCAGAUUAACCACAGUGGAGAGACGCCUCAUGUUUGUAGUGAAUGUGGAAAAGCCUUCAGCCAGAACUCCAGCCUUAAAAAGCACCAGAAGUCUCACAUGAGUGAGAAGCCCUACGAAUGCAGCGAAUGUGGGAAGGCCUUCAGGCGGAGCUCAAACCUCAUCCAACAUCAAAGAAUUCAUUCUGGGGAGAAGCCGUAUGUGUGCACCGAAUGUGGAAAGGCCUUCAGGCGGAGCUCAAACCUCAUCAAACACCACAGGAUUCACACAGGUGAGAAGCCUUUCGAGUGUAAUGAGUGUGGGAAAGCAUUCAGCCAGAGCUCACACCUGAGGAAGCAUCAGAGGGUUCACACUGGAGAGAGACCGUACGAGUGUAACGAGUGCGGCAAACCAUUCAGCCGGGUCUCCAACCUCAUUAAGCAUCACAGGGUUCACACUGGAGAGAAACCCUAUAAAUGCAGUGACUGCGGGAAGGCCUUUAGUCAGAGUUCAAGCCUCAUUCAGCACCGGAGAAUUCACACUGGAGAAAAGCCUCAUGUGUGUAGUGUGUGUGGAAAAGCCUUCAGUUACAGCUCAGUGCUCAGAAAGCACCAGAUAAUCCACACAGGAGAGAAGCCAUAUGAAUGCAGCAUCUGCGGGAAGGCCUUCAGCCACAGCUCAGCCCUCAUUCAACAUCAGGGUGUGCACACGGGCGACAAGCCCUAUGAGUGUCGUGAAUGUGGGAAAACGUUCGGUCGCAGCUCCAACCUUAUCCUCCACCAGCGAGUUCACACUGGAGAGAAACCCUACGAAUGUACUGAAUGUGGAAAAACCUUCAGCCAGAGUUCAACUCUCAUUCAGCAUCAGAGAAUCCAUAAUGGAUUGAAGCCCCAUGAGUGUAACCAGUGUGGUAAAGCCUUCAAUCGAAGCUCAAACCUCAUUCACCACCAGAAGGUUCACACUGGAGAGAAGCCGUACAUGUGUGUUGAGUGUGGUAAGGGCUUCAGCCAGAGUUCACACCUUAUUCAACAUCAGAUAAUCCACACUGGUGAGAGACCCUAUAAGUGCAAUGAGUGUGGGAAAUCCUUCAGCCAGCGCUCAGUCCUCAUCCAGCACCAGAGGAUUCACACUGGGGUGAAGCCCUAUGACUGCACUGCUUGUGGGAAAGCCUUCAGCCAGCGGUCGAAGCUGGUCAAGCACCAGCUGACCCACACCAGGGAGUGAGACAGGCUGGCUCCUCUCCAGCUUCUCUGGCCAUGUCUCAGCCUCUCCCACCUCCCAGACUUGAAGCUGGGCUCACCCACUGCCCUCCACACCCAGGUCCCGCUGUCCACAAAGCCUGGGACCCUCAUUGGAGACAUCCUUUAUGGCUCCCUCCCCUCCUUCCCCUGCCAGUUCCCACCUCAUGUGAUCUCUUGUUUCUUUGUUGUUUUGUUUUUACGUUUUGUUAUCAGACUGCCAUAUUUGUUAGGUGGGAAAAGAUGAUAGAGGCUGCAUAUUCAGGAAUAGAGUUUAUUAUUGUUACCAAACGUAACCAAGGAAGUGAACUGACAUUUGGUUCAAGAUAACCACAGUAAUUGUGUUGUCUGGUAAUUAGACAUAAAGAAUGAGUUCUUUGUCA